AGCAUUACUACUCAAAACGCUUGCUGCGAUUUACCUUUAGCCAAAGGAGAUUUUCCAAAGUGUCGCGUACACGCACUGCGUGGAGGGAAAAAAACUUUGGGUGGAUAACCUCGGUUUCGUGACUUGUUUAUUUUCUGUAAGGUCAAAAUGUGAUGCGUUUGGAGUAAUUUUCGAGUUCCUUAUUUUGCUUUAACUAUUAUAAUUUUACAGUCCAGUUUUUUUUAAAAUUAAAACUCACAGUCGUUGCAGUGGUUUUGGCUAUUUCUCGAUUCUGUUUUGGGAUUUUGCUCAACUGUUUUACUCACCUGCAGACACCCUAGCCACUCCCAGUCGCUCUACGGGACAAGCACGGCGGUUAGUGGAUGCAUCGAGGUGUCAGGUGUGUGAGGGUCAGUAGCGUAUAACGGGGCACUAGCGCCCCUCUGGAUCGCAAGCUGCCCGCUUCCCCGAUGUCCCGCUCGGCGGACAACAUGCUUUUCCUGGGAGUACUUCUGAAUGUCUUCAUUCGAGGAAGUGUACAGGCGUCCUCCUCCCUGCCAGUAGUGGACUGUCUGGAGGCGGAGCAGAGGUGCGCAGUGGAGGCCGCGUGUAGCGCCUGGUACCAGGAGCUGGAGUACUGCGCCUCCCAGGAAGCGGUGUCUCCCCUGGGGCCCGAGGCCCGGCACAGGUGCCUGAAGGCCCAGAGCUCCCUGGAGGACUACCGCCCCCUGCUGGACUGCAAGUGCCAACGCGGGUCCAGGCGCGAAGGAGGCUGCCUGAAGGUGUACUGGACUGUGCGGUUCUCACAGGGACAUGAGGAGUAUGAUGUGUCUCCAUAUGAAGAUGUGGAGCUAGACCUGGGGAGAAACAUGGCCACGUCCCGGAUGGCCUCUAUAAUGUCAGCCUCCUCCCUCUCUCUGGACGGGCAGAACCAGUGCCUGAAGGCGGCGCAGGACUGCGGGCUGUUUGAGAAGUGCGGCUCGCUGCGGUCCGAGUACGUGGUGGCCUGCACCAAGCGGGCGCCGGGCUCCACGCACUGCGUGCGGCAGAAGUGUCACCGCGCGCUGCGGCGCUUCCUGGAGCGCGUUCCCGCCGAGUACAGCCUGGGCGUGCUCUUCUGCCCCUGCAGCGACACGCUCUGCGGGGAGCGCCGUCGCAAGACCAUCGUGCCCUCCUGCUCCUACGAGGACCGCGACGCCAAGCCCAACUGCCUGAGUCUGGAGGCAUCCUGCAUGAAGGAAGAGCUGUGCAGGUCCAGACUGGCUGAUUUCCAGUAUAACUGCCACCCGGCCCCCACGCCUCCCUCCGGCUGUCUCAGGGAGAAUGGAGCUGCCUGUCUGAAGGCCUACGCUGGCCUCAUAGGCACCAUCAUGACUCCUAACUACAUCAGUAACAGCAGUGUGGAGGUGUCCCAGUGGUGCAGCUGUGAGGGCAGUGGGAACCAGUGGAGGGACUGUCUGCGCAUCCUGGAGGCCUUCAGCACCAACAGCUGCCUGCGGAACUCCAUCAGUGCGUUUGGGAGCCUGUCCCUUCGGCCCGAGGAGAACACGCUGCCCGCAUCGCCCCGGCCCUCCCCCAAAAUCCAGCCAGGCAACGUGGAGGAUAACGCUCUGCCCGACCUGAACACUGUGGAAAACACUGAGGAGGAAGAGGACGGAAGGGAGUUCAACGUCAUCCCAAACUACUCCGAAAAAGAGUCCAACCUACAUUCUGGAGUGCGGGGGGGCUGCGUGGGGGUGUCAGCCCCUCUCACCUCUCUGCUUGUUCCCCUGCUGCUCACUGGCCCUCUGAGCUGGGGGUGAGGACAGGGGGGAGUGGUCUCUGCACAAUCCCCGCCCCCAGAUAUAAACCUCACUCACAUAGCCACUGACUUACACAUCCAAACAGUCACAGCAGGAGCGGAGAGAGAUGGAGAGACGGAGAAGACAGAGAGGAAGGAGGAGCAAAAGAUUAAAGAAGAGGAGUGUGAAGCCUUCUCUUCUUCUCCUGUUUCCUGUUUCUGUUUAAGAAGUUUGUAAAUAACCAUAGGUGAACACACCCACCCACCUUCUGAUACGCAAGGCUAUGGAAUAACAACCUCACUAAGCCAAAAAACGUGGCACAGAUAAAUUAUUGCUGGAUACAUAGCAUAGCAAUGUCCGGGUGAUAGAACCCCCCAAUUCACCAAGUCAGAAAACCUGAGGAUGGGAAUAUCAGAUGAUAAAGAAGCCCAAUAGCUCUGAUAAGAAUUAUGUGCUUAUGUUUUGAGUAUGCCCUCAGAUUUGAUGCUAACCCAGUUGAUGCAAACCCAAGUGAAUAACCCUAGCUAUGCGAGAAGAAGAGAGAGGCAGAGAUUAUCCACCCUUUCUUUUCUCUCUCUCUACAUCUUUUUAUCUGCCUUCCACAGCGCUUCCUGUCUUUUCUGCCUUUCCACUGCAUCUCUCCCACAAUCCCUCUGUUCCUCCCGCUCUGUGUAAAUCUCUCUCUCUGUAGAGACGUCCCGUGGCCUUGAGUUCGCUCCGCUUUUUCGUGCCCUUCUUCGGUCCGGGGGGUAAGAGGGAUCACCAUGCUUAUGAAGGCUGUUCAGCCCGCGCACUCUCUUUUUACGCAUUUUAAAAAACACCAUCUUCAAACUUUUUCCUAUUUUAUUUCCUAUUUUUCCAAAGUUUCAGUGCCCAGGAUACAUUAUACAUUAUAUUUGCCUUAUCGCUGCCGAGUCCUCUCGAGGGUUCACAGAGGCACACAAGGGCUUUGAAAUCCAUGUAGCCAACUGCUAAUUAGUCUCACUCCACUGACCUCCUGCUGGGGAGACUACAGUCCACUUACUUCACAAGGGGAAUGGGCGCCCAUUUUUAGCACCAGAGUGAAAUACCCCGCUGACCAAAAUCUUCUCUCCCUUGGCAAACACUAUCACCAAUUAUGUGUCAUCCCCAUGGCCACACUGGACCAAUGGUUUCGACCUGGACCGGGGUGGGACAUCUCUACACUAAGAAGUGUCCCAGAUGGAUUACCCCUAACUUUAACAGCAAAAUUGUGUUCAUUUCUAUUUUUAGGCUUUUCUCCCAAGAGGCAGGUGUUUUUGUUUAUUUUCCUCCUGACGUUGUGUGUUCGCCUCCUUCCCUGCCGAACUUGUGACGUUUCUGCAGGUAUGGGAAAACAGCUUGUGACAGUUGGAAGUGAAAGAGAAACUGCAACACAUAGGGAGCUUUCAUUAGACCCCUCAGCCCCCAUAGGCACACACACAUACAAGUACACACAGACACGCACACACACGGACACACACAUACACACACGGACACAUACACAUUCACACAGACACAUGUAUGUACCACACACACGUACUACACACAUACAAACUUGCGCACACACACACAUACAUGUACACACAGACACAUGCAUGUACAACACACACGCAUACAUACAUGUACACACAGACACAUGCAUGUACAACACACACACUUGCACACACGCACGCACACGUACCCACACUUAAAACGCGUAGCAGCACAGCCGAACAGCCUUGGCCUUGCUCAUCUUCGCACUCUGGUUUCCGCUCCCGGCCUCCACCCCGACACGACACCACCCCCACACUGACAAAAGGCCAUUAACCACCAGAUAUGGCAGCAUUCCCCCUCUCUUCCACCGCACUCUUCAAUUCUCUACCUGCCACGACACCGAGAAUUUAACCACGGGCGCAAAUAACCCGACGGAUCUCCAAUAAUAACAGCGACAAAAAACAACAGGAGUAAUAAAAACAGGAAAUGGAA